AUGUCCAUAGACAUCAACUGGAGGACCGCCACCUCUGGUCCAGACGGCGAAGCUCUCGCGGAGCGCAUCCGCUCCUUCAUUCACGACAGAUUUCAGCAGGUGGCUCUCCCCCGGUUCAUCCGUUCUGUUCAGGUCCAUUCCUUCGAUUUCGGAACAAUUCCGCCCGAGCUUGAGAUCAAAGAUUUUUGCGAGCCCUUUGCCGACUUCUACGAGGAGGAUGACGACGCCGACACGUCCGAUGUGUCUGAGGACCUUCUCUCGGAGCACUCGAGUCAGUGGGACAGGACGCACUCGGAGCUCAAUGAACCACCUUAUCGAGAAGAGUCGGCGAUGAACCAUGGUCUACGAGACCCAUUCCAUGAAGGAUUUCCUCCCUCACCCUUGCGAUCGCCUCUUGGAGAACACCUCAACCCCCACUUCCUACCCCGUGCCGGCACUCCUGGUAUUCCCGGCGGUACGUCGAAUUUGGGUUAUCACUUGAUGUCCCUGGGUGGCCUUUCUGGUACGCAAACGCCUCUUGCUGCAGUGGCGGGCGGUAACCCGUUUGCAAGCGGGUGGUCGGACUCCGGAAUGGGUUUCGGGAACAGGGGUCGAUCGGAGAGACAAGGCCCAAUACCGCAACACCGCCCCGAGCCCGAGAUCGACACCAGUAACUCAACCUCUCGCCCGUCAACAGCCAACACUCUACCUUCCCACCUCUCGGAAUCUAAUAAUCUCAACGCGGACGGUGCGACCGGGAGGAACGAGCGUGGCUCGCUGCACAACGGAGACCCACUAGCAGAUCAUACCUGCUCAGGCCACCUCCCACUCCCCCCACGGAUGCGCGAGCGCCGGCCCGAAGACUUCCAAGUCCUGUGUCAUGCCAAAUACGCCGGCGAUGUGCGUCUGUCUCUGACGGCGGAGAUCUUGCUGGACUAUCCGAUGCCCAGCUUUGUGGGCUUACCGCUGAAACUCAAUGUCACAGGUAUCACCUUCGACGGAGUAGCUGUCGUCGCGUAUAUUCGUAAAAGAGUCCAUUUCUGCUUCCUGUCCGCCGAAGACGCGGACGCCUUGAUUGGUUCGGAGCAGCAGCAGGAAUCUGGCGGGGACGAUCACCGCCCCCGGUCCGGUGCCGAUUCCUCCGCCCACACGUCCCAGAAACGCCAAGGGGGCCUGCUGCAGGAGAUCCGGGUGGAGAGCGAGAUUGGCCGCAAGGAAAACGGGAAGCAGGUAUUGAAGAAUGUGGGCAAGGUCGAGCGAUUUGUCCUCGCGCAGGUGCGCAGGAUUUUCGAGGAAGAACUUGUGUAUCCUAGCUUCUGGACAUUUCUCAUCUGA